UAAUGCCUUGCGCGGGGUGCUACCGUCCAUGUUGUUUUGGCGGGCUCGACGUUUACAACUUCCAUUCUUCAAAGCUUCGUCGGUUAUUUUUAGCGCUACAAUGAGUUUCCUUAGUCUUUCUAGUUUGUCCAUACGUCAAUUAAGCACACAGAUAUCUAGAACCUCUGUUUUAUUUCCGGAUAAACUUGCUCGCUGCAUUUCAACAUCUAGUGCUCUGGAUGCGGCGCCAAAGAAACACAAACGACCCACUCCGGCGUUCUUUCGCUUUCGCCAAGACUACGCUGAUAAAGUGAAGGAAGAAAACCCUCAUUUGAAAGAUGCCGAGAUCAGGAAACACUUGUCCGACCAAUGGGCUAAUCUAGAGCCAAGUGUAAAGGAAUGUUAUCGAAAAGAAUACCAACAAGACAUGGAAGAGUUUAGAGCCCCUUACAAGAAACUGCCGCGCAAACCCCCGCGACAUUUCAGUCUCUUCAUGAGAGAAAACUUCGCAAAAAUAAAAGCUGAAAACCAGGGGAUGUCCAACCCUGAUAUAAUGCGAGAGCUAGGGGCUAAAUGGAGGAACCUGCCUUUUUCAGAGAGAGAAGAAAUUCGCCGAAAAUCCGAGGAUGCUCAGAAAACUUAUGAAGCUGAAAUAGUUGAGUUUGAAGAUCAACUGAGUGAAGGAGAGAAAGAGUUUCUUAACGUGCAAGCCAAGGAUAAGAUGAAAGAGCUUAAGCAGAGGAAGAUGAAGCUGUUGAACUUUCCCAAAAAGCCAGGCACUGCAUUCAUUUAUUUUCUAACAAUGGAGCGAGAAAGCUUCCCCAGGAGGGAGGGAGAGGGGAUUACUCAGUGGACCCAGCGAAUGGCCGAAACGUGGAGGGAUAUGAGUGAUGACGAGAAAGAGAUGUACCGCAUGGCUAACAGGCGAGCAGUGGAGAAAUACAACGAGGAGGUUACGGAGUGGAAAGAGAAGCAUGAGAAAGACUAGAGACAUGGAAAACUAUGUAGGUGUAAUGAUAAGCUAGACUAUUAGUAAUGUUACAUACUGUGGACCAUAUUAUUAGAAUACUGGGUACGACAGGCCCCUGGCAGGUAGGGUUGAUGAUCGAUGACAUAGUGGCAAACAAGUCAAGUCAGAAAUGGAUAAAAAUUAUAAAAAAAACAUUACCCAAGAAAUGUGAUGAAGAAAUCUACUAUUCAAGCACACAAUCGCUGUGAUUAUUGCAUAUUGCCAAUCCAUGCUGUUAGGAGUGUAAUGUUUACUGUAUACACCUUUUUCACAAGACAUCAUUGCUAAUGUCAAAUGGCCUCUAAGCAUCAUGCUGGCAUUUGUGAAAAAGGUGUUUUUUUUUCAACACCAAGGCCUUUUCCAUAUGUAGAAAACCCAUUAGGGUGCAAGAAACAUAAGUUGACAGAAAUGCUUCAGUACACAUUAGAACAUGGUGGAAACCUUUUGGUAUGAAGUUGUUGACAAAGCUGUAAUUCUGGCAUCCUGAUUGGCGAACUUUCUUAAAACUUUACCUUGGUGGCAAUUGAAGUAUGAACUCUGAGCCUCCUUCCUAGUAAAAUCAUUAAGGCUUUAGAUUUGAAGAUGAUAGCAAUAGGGCAUUCCAGCUAUAAGUUUGCAUGUGCAUUGCCAUAGAAACCUACCUCAACGACCAGAAAGCGUGUGCACCAAUAAAAAGCACGCUGCAGACAGUAAUUGAGGUAAUUUCCCAUUGUUCCAGGGCAUACUUAUAUAGCUCAAAUGGCCUAUUAUUGUGAUAGCUACUAGAAAACAGUAGAAAAUAUUCAUUCUUCCAUUAGCACUUGGGUGAGUAGAACCCUUGAUUAUAAAAAGUCUUAUAAAGGGCAUCUGUGGGAGUUCUACUGGAUGUUUGUGUUAGAAACCAAAGAUUGUUGUUACAUACUAAUAACUUGUUUUAGAAACAGAAAAAAUAAAAGAUGUCAGAUUUAUAAUAGAAAAAACAA